GAUUAACAGGGGCACUUGCCUUAAUCCUGUUCAAUGAUACUGAAAAGAAGAAGGGACAGACAAGAAGAGAUCUACACAACAAGAUCUUUUUUACAGCACUUGAAUAGGAAAAUGAAGCCCACCUUCUUCUUUUGUUUAUUACUGGCUGGUUUGUAUACUGUUGCCCAGUGUCACCAGCAUCCUCGUUACUGCAAUAAGCAGGGUGAUCCUACAUGCUACCCAGGAUGCAGUUCUCACAGGGAAGGAAUUUAUCUGUUUAAGAACAAAACCUUUGUCAAACUAGUUCCCAGCAAUGCUGACUUUGCAUUUUCAUUUUAUAAGCUGGUUUCCCUUCAAGAAACCAAUCAAAAUAUUUUCUUUUCACCCAUAAGCAUCUCUGUUUCUUUUGCAAUGCUGGCACUUGGUGCCAAGUCAGCAACGCUGACACAGAUUCUGGAAGGGCUUGCCUUUAACCUGAAGAAGACUCAGGAAGAGGAAAUACAUGAAGGUUUUUGCCAACUACUCCACUUGCUGAACCGUUCUGACUGUGAACUCCAGCUGAGCCUGGGCAAUGCCCUUUUUAUAGAAGAGACGCUAAAACCCCUACAGACAUUCUUGAAUGAUGUCAAAAACUUUUAUGAAUCUGAAGUCUUUUCUACUGACUUUAGCAACUCCUCUGAUGCUGAGAAUGAGAUCAACAGUUAUAUUGAGGAAAAGACAAAUGGGAAAAUUGUUAAACUAGUGGAAAACAUUGAUCCUCUCACUGCAAUGGUUCUUGUUAACUAUGUCUUCUUUAAAGCCCAUUGGGAGAAACCUUUCAGUACUUCAUAUACAAAACAGGAUGAUUUUUUUGUGGAUCAGAAAAUAUCUGUAAAAGUUGACAUGAUGUAUCGAAAGGGUUACUACAGAAAUUACUUUGAUGAAGAGCUGUCCUGUUGGCUGGUUCAGAUACCUUACAAUGGAAAUGCUGCAGCAUUAUUUAUUUUGCCUGACAAAGGGAAGAUGAAGCAGGUGGAAGAUGCUCUCUUGAAAAAGACUGUGUCUAAAUGGGAAAAGUCACUCCAAGACAGAAAAAUAUACCUGCACAUUCCAAAAUUUUCUAUUUCUGGUACUUAUGAUGUGAAAAAGAUAGUCAAACAAGUGGGUAUGAUUGAUCUGUUCACUGAACAAGCUGAUCUGUCAGGGAUUACUGAGAAGCCUGGACUGACGGUUUCAAAAGUGAUACACAGAGCAGUGUUAAGUGUUCAUGAAAAUGGCACUGAAGCAGCUGGGGCCACAGUGAUGGAGGUUACCUGGAGAUCUGGCGAUUUUCCUCAACCACCUCGAGUCAGAUUCAACAGGCCCUUUCUCCUGGUGAUUCUGGAUAAAUGUACUCGCACUGUCCUCUUCAUAGGAAAAAUCGUAAACCCUCUCCAAAAUGCAUGAUUGACUAAAGGACACGCACUUCUGUACAUUACCAGCUAAAUUCCCGUGAUACAGCAAAACAUUUAUGUGUAUAUAUCACUACAUACUAGUGCUUGUCUUUCCAUCAUUAUCCUUGUUAUAUGCAUUAUCAAGCCUCUAUAAGACAAAACCAAUUUUUCCGUGUCCAAAAGUCACUUCUAUUUCCCCCCAGUGUACAGCCAUGUAUAGCUUGUAACAUUA